AUGGCUACGCUUGAAUACUGGCAGCGAAAAGAGGAGGAGGCGAAGGACGAAUUGAACAACGCGAACGCGGCGUUGGAGAGGUUUAGAGAAGGAGAGGACGGACAGUGGUUGGCGGAGCUGAAGAGGAAGGGGAGUAUUGCUGCAAGUAUUUUCACAGACCACCUUGUUGUGGAUCCAUUGACAGACUUUGUUCCACUAGUACCAACAAAGCAUCCUAAUGAGUUGGACCAUAUUGCUAGACUAUUUCAAGCAUGGAAACUUGCAAUUACAGACUUGAAGCACUUUUACCAUACUGACAAAACUGUUGAAUCUGCUUGGAGUGCAAAACAUCUUUGUGGUUACCAGAAUCUUUUUCCAUAUCCAAAUUUGCUUAUAAUAGAUGAUAAGAAAGUAGAAUUUACUUAUGAAUUUUGGAUGUCAAGCUCAAAAUCAAUGUUGUGUGCCUCUGAAGGUUUAGCACCCCAGUUAUUUUGUGUGGAUAGAGAGAUAGUACCAGGUUGCACAAUGAUCAUCAUAUACAUGGAGAACAUCAAAGAGGCAAAGCCAUUGCAUAAAAUUACAUUUAAUUUGAAAAAAGAUCAAGAUCAGGUGUUUCAGGAUAUACAGCAAGCUAUCUCUCUAUUACAUCAUAACAACCUGGUAUUUGCAGAUCUCCGCCCAAAUAAUGUAUUGGUAUAUGAGAAGGAUCAGCUAAGGCGGGCAAUGCUGGUAGAUUUUGAUUGGACUGAGGUUGCGGGAAAAGAUUGCUAUCUAUUAUUUAUGAAUCAUGAGAAUAUUGACUGGCCAGCUGGUGCAAUUAGCAUUUUUGAUGUAGUAAGACCAGCAUUGGAUUUAAAUUGUGGGUAG